AUGGGUUGCGGCGCGUCCGCGCCGAAAGACGGCGCCGCCGCCCCGGCGGAUCCGCCGAAGAAGAACCCCGAGAAAGCAAAAGCGCCCCCGCCGCCCGCCGCGAAGGCCGAACCCGAGGCGGUCGCGCCUCCGCCCGUCGCGAGCGACGAAAAUGCCGCCGCGCCCGUCGCGAGCGAUCCCGCGCCCGACGCGACGACCGCGGCGCCGGCGCCCGCGGAAGACGCCGCCGCCGCCGACGCGCCCGCGCCCGCGGUAGACGCCGCCGCCGCCGCAGACGCGCCCGCGGCCGAGGGCGCCGCCGAGGGCGCCGACGCCGCGCCCGGAGGAUCUGAGAACGGCCCUGAAUCCAAAUCCGACGCCGAUUCCGAUUCCGAUUCCGAUUCCGAUUCCGAUUCCGAUUCCUCCGACGCCGCGCCGCGCGUGGACUGGCCCGCGGACGCGGAGCAAUACGUGGACGGCUACCUGUACGGCGCGCAGCCCGCUCCGCCGGGGCCGCCGAAGCCCGGGGUGCCGUACAAGGCGGUCCUGUCCUCGCGCGCGAGCUACGGUUCCGGGGACGUGUUAGACGGCGACGCCCCUUUGGGACCGUUGAUGCCGUUCUGUCCCUACUGCGCCAGGCUCUCGCUCGUCCUCGUCGAGUCCGGCGUCGAGUUCGUGCCGUUCCUGAUCGACGGCCAGGACAAGCCGAAGUGGUUCACGGACGCGUACGAGGCCGCGGAGACGCCGUCGAUGCUGGGCACCCCCGGCGGAUUCGCCCCGGGCGGCGGCGAGGGCGAUCCGAACAGCUGGGCGGGGGAUUCGAAGGCGCGUCCCGUCUCGCGCCGACCGGUACCCGCGCGACCGCGUUCUGUCUCACGCCGGUCCCCGCGCGACCGCGUUCGCGCGGGGCGCGCCGAUCCUCGAGGACGGACUUUAUCUCCCGGCGUUUUGUUUGUUUCUCUCCGCCCAGGGUCGGUCCCACGCUUCCAAUAA